UAUUUCCGUGACUGUUUUUGCCGGUUGUUCCAACAGGUUUUCUAUCGAAAAACACAUGUCUUCAAUUCAUUUCUUCAAAAUGAUCGAGUGGAAAGCUUUGGUUUACCGGAUGUCGCUGCUGUUGAGCGUUACAAACGGCGAGUUUUUCACUUCGCUCACUCAGAUGAAAGGCCUGGUUCGAUUGGAGAGCGCACUGUCCAAGUCUCUGGACAUCUAUUUGGAACAGAGAUCGGAGGCUCCGGGAAUUAUCCGACAAUUUGCCGAUCAUGUAAGAAAGGAAAGGAACCUCGCGGCGGGUGAUAUUGAAAAAUAUGUCUUCCAUCCGAUUAAUUCCUUUCAACUUGUGAGGCGCUUUAUAAGACACUGGACAGAAUUAGGGUCAUACCUCGCAAAAGAGUCUCCUAACGACCUCCACUGGGAGCUCGUCAUCAAUCGCCCAGCGUUUCCCACCACGCAAGACUUCAUGGGAAGCAUGUCAGCGAUUCUGCGCAUUCAAGAUGUUUACAAUCUCAGCGCACGCGCAAUUGCUGAUGGAGACUUGCAUCAAGAAAUAUCCAGCGGGAGCCUGGGUCCCGAUGAGUGUUAUGAACUCGGCAUCGUUAGCAAUGACCAAAGAAACUACGAGGAUGUUAUAGAGUGGAUGAAGGAAGCGUUAAAACGCAUGAGCCCGCCGUAUGAAUACAGUGGUGCAUUGACAAAAAUUGACGUCCUUGAGUAUUUGUCCUGGGCCGAGUAUAAGGUCGGACUUUUAGACGACGCGAUUAUACACACGAAAGAUAUUCUUGGACAAGAUCCCACAAUUAAACAGGCCCAUAUUAACCUUGGACACUUCAAGACAGAGCAGCUACAACGUAUCACACACAGCCAUCGGUCGGCAAAGACCACGGUGAGCAACAACAAGAAGAGAAAGAGUGACUCCAUGUUCACGUAUGAGUGCCUCUGCUGAGGAGAAUCUCAGAAGCUCAAGAGGGCCAUUGUCACAAAUUCAACCACUGGGAAUCAGUUAGCAGCAGAAUAUAGGAUUAGUCAAAGUGCCUGGAUUGAAGAUAGCACUUCUCCAGUUGUCAGAAGAAUAAGUCAAAGGAUCGAAACCAUAACAGGGUUGUCUCUUGAUCCCAAACACACAGAGCCGUU